AUGACCGACGAAAAAAAAACGAAAGAGAUUAGCAAAGAGAUCGAGGCUACGGGUACGGAGAAAAGAUUCGGAAACGGACCUUUAAAGGACCCCGGAUUCGGAAAUGAGCCUCUUAAGGACCUUGGAAAAAGACGGACCACCGGCAACUAUAUCGGUAACCCUUUACCGAUCAGACUAUUAGCUAAGCAUAGCACGCCUGCGUACGGCACUCUAAGCGCCUUUAACGACGAUAGCGAUAACUUCCUUAAGCUAGGAGCAGCAGACCCUUACCUAAGAGCGAAGGAGUUGGCUUUGUUUGCAAGAAGCUUUCUUAAAAAGCUAAAUCGAUACGGUUUAACCUCCGACGAUUAUUUAGCGGCGUUCCUUAUUAUGCUUACGAGGGAAGCUAUUACAUUUUACUAUAAUCACGUCAUCAAAGCUAAGCUUCCGACGUUCAAAGCAAACGCUAUUGCUAUAAAGGACCAUUUCGAGACCGAUUACCGGCGGCAAAAAGAGAAUCUAAGGACCUCGCUUAGCGAGUGCUUUGAAAAGCUCGCUAAAGAGCUUAAAAGCAUUCAGGGCUUUCUACGACCAAGUUUAAAAGACGAUCGAAGUCUUGCUAAUAAGCUAUAUUCAGCUUGUAAAAACGUGCCAAAGACUACGAUUGCACGAAUGAACCUUGCGUUUACUUCCACCGCCGCAAUUGCCGACAUCCGCCGAGCAAUUGCAUUUGCAAUUAAAACCUUCCGAUCCGCUAAAGCGAGUAAAGCUUACGCGAGCUUUAGCGAGCCAUACGAUUACACCUGCUCUCACAACACCUUAAAGGCUGACUCCGAUUUAGACGAGGAAUACGAAUGCUUUAUUCAAGACCGCUAA